AGAGAUUGAAUCCAUUUUGCAAAUACUACUCGACGCGACGGCGAGCGCACCCCGCGGGCGAAGGCGUCGGAUAGCGGAUAUGUUCCUGAACUUGGUGGACAAGGACUACUGGGCUGAGUACUACGAGCUCGUUCCGAGUCCGAGAGCUUUGAACGGCGUGAAAGAAGCUCUCGCGAAGAAUACAUAUAAGGACCCUCUACAAGCGUACGAAGACCUCAACUUAGUUUUUUUGAACGCGCUCUUCUACAAUGAAGAAACUAGCCAGAUAUCCAAAGAUGCAGCCCAGCUGAAGCGCAUGCUUGACGAGGAAUGGCGUAAAAGACCGUUGCCUACCCCUCCUGAAGCACUUCCUCCUACGUCCGCUCAAGUUGUGCACAAGGUUUCUCUUCCGGAACAUGCUUUGGCCUCAACGUUCCCGACACCAGCAGUGAUAGGAUCAUCUGCAGAUCCUGCUCCUACAACAACACCUAUGUUACCCACCACACCUGUACUCCAGCCCGAGUCUACGCCUCAGUCGGCAUUUCAACUUGCCCCAAGAAUGACGCCUGCUCCGCCUACGAGGGCAACAGCGGUGCCUAGGACUCCUGAACGGCAGAUGACGCCUGAGAUAGAUGUGGAUGGAGGGGGCAGUCCGGAGCCAGAGACUACUGCACAGGAUAUGGCCCUCGACGGCGAGAGCGAUGCAAUUGUGCAACAACUGGAGAAAGGGCUGCCACGAUGGGAAGGCUUCGCGGAUGUUGGUUGGGCGAAUGACAUUCCAGAGGAGCGUUUCCUCCCUACACUGCAAGCUAUCUCGCAAUAUCAGGACUCGAACGGCAACCGACUGGCCUCUUCGCUUGAAGCUCUGCCAGAAGAAACUGAAAUCCUUGAAACGCCCUACAAGAAUCCUUUGUCCUUGUCCCUCAUCGAGAGCCGAGCCAAGGAGAGGAAAUAUCAUUCUGCUGAGUUCGAUAAAGACAUGGAAACGCUCUUCCUCAAGGGUCGGCGGUGGUAUGAACCCACCAGCGACGGCUACGCUAACGUUCUGGUCUUGCAACGCUUUUAUCAGGCCCUCGUCUCCCCCGAGCCACCAUCGGGUCCACCUUAUACCUCCAAGACGAACUUCGCCGGUCUUCCUGCCUCUCCAGGCAUCGCAAAACCGCUACACAGUACAGACGCAGAGGGCGUACCCGGGGUAACCGCCUAUCGCGUAUCCACAAAAGACAGGCAGUUUGUGGACUCUGUUCAGUACAAGGGGUGGACCAUCAAAAUGGCGGACUGGGUACACCUUGCAAACUGCGACGACCCGUGCCGGCCGAUUAUCGGACAAGUAUUUAGGUGUUGGAUCUCGGAGGAGCCGUCUAAGAAGGGGCAUCCAGGCAUCACUGUAUGCUGGUACUUCCGUCCUGAACAGACUUACCAUCCCGCUAUGCGCCAAUUUUGGGAGGGCGAAGUCUUCAAGACUAGUCACUUUGCAGACCACCCCGUUGAGGAUCUAAUUGAAAAGGUCGCCUGCCAAUUUACUGCGCGGCACAUCCGCGGCCGCCCCCGUCCUCCCUACUGGUACCCUGGCUGGCCGCUAUUCGUGUGCGAUAGCCGGUACAACGAUCGGGAACGCAUCUUCGUGAAAAUCAAGAAUUGGAAUUCGUGCGUCCCGGAGGAGGUACGCAAGUCCGCCGAGUUCAUGCCCAUCUACCCCUUCGAGCGCCCUGUCUUCCCUCGUCGCUUCGCGAGCCCGUUCGUCGCCGGCAAACUUCUUCCUGGACGCGCGCCUGGCGGCAUUGGAGAUGUGAUUGAGCGCCCUGAGGGCGAGAAACUUGAGGGCGGCGGUAUCGGGAGAAAGAGGACACGUAGAAACGCGCCUACAGCGCCAGGCCGGAUAGACAUGACAGAUCGCGUCGGACAGAGCAAAGGGCUCUACGUGGGGCCGCCGAUUCAGGGUCAGCCGACGCCGGCGACGCCAGCACCACAUCCUCACCAGGCGUACCCACAUCAGCAUUCGCGUUUGCCGCCGAGGCCAGCCGUUGACAGAUCAAUCCUCACUGCAGCGGGAGGCGCUGCCCUGGGCACAAACGGGCUGACAGAACGUUUGCCGUCUGAGACCGGGAAGUACUUUGAUCGAGACCCAGAGACGAACGAGGUUCUGUGGUUCGCCGCCCCGCCAAUAGACGUGGCACACCCACCGGGGCCGCAAUACAGUCUAGAGUACCUUAACUUCCUUGCGCAGAAACGGAGAAGGGUCGCGGACGAUGUAGAUGGGAUGGAUGUUGACCAGCCACCAGCUAAGAAGCAAGCGGAGGUCCGGCCGACCAUGGCCGAGCAGGUGCAGAAGCUGCUGGCAGAGCUCAACGUGCCAUCGCCAUAAAUUUGCACUCUUGUAUGUCCUACUUUAGUAGAUUGUCCUAA